UAGAGUCACUUCUGAUAGAAAAAGAUAAUAUUUUAUAGGCAAAAAAAAGCUGAAGAAAACCAUACCAGCCAAACAAGUAUAUAUAUACAAAAUGCAGGGCGAAAUAAGAAAACUACUUGCUAGUAGGAGACAGUAUAUGAUACUUACACAACAAAACAACCUCUCCAAUUGUGAAACCAAAUCGCGGGCUCACUUGUCAAUUCAUGACAGGAGAAACGAUAAUUUUUUUUUUUGAGAAGACGGUUUCUUUUCCUCGGCGUCUUAAGGCAAACAAAUCGCACACUCACUCACACUGGAUGCAAACAAAACAUAAAAGGCUUUUUUGUAUACAUGCGUAAUAAAACUGGCACCUGUUCUCGCAGUGUAUGGUCAACCCGCUGAUGUUUAAUGAACCACAAGCUGCGAGUGUCCCACUCAUUAAACACACUGCCUUUGUGUCGAGUUGAAGAUUGUUUUAAAAGCGCGCCACCUCUAUAGCAAUUACGUUAUUUAUGUUAAUCGCCUUGUGGCGUUGUUAUUUCGCGUUCUGAGAUCUUGUAGGCGGUAAGACGUAAUCGAAGUCGCGCUGAACAAAAUGGGUUACAACACAAGUAUUUUUGUCUCACAAGUGGACCGAAGCCUUCUGUGUGGGAUUUGCGCGGGUGUGUUUAGAAAACCGCUUGUCACGCACUGCGGGCACACAUUUUGCGAGGAGUGUUUAGAACGCUGGAUGAGCGCUACAAGUCAUGUGGAUAAAACGUGCCCGGUUUGCCGACGCGACGUGGAUUUGUCCAAGACCGCGCCCGUUUUGGCUUUGAGAGCAUUCAUCGAGGGGCUCUCUGUGGAGUGCGAAAAUUCAAUAAACGGCUGCACGAUGGUGUUAAAUCUUGGCGAGUUGGAGAGCCAUUUGAAGAGCUGCCGUUAUACCCUCCUGGAAUGCAAUAGUUGUGAUAAAAUGUUUUUACAAAGCGAAAUUCAUGAACACCGAAGCCUAUGCGUCAAGCUUAGUGAUAAGAGCUUUAUCGACGGCCGCGUUCAUGCCGAGAUUGCGGCGAUUCAAAAAGAGUUAAGCCAGACCAAGAAAUCGCUUCAGAGCUCGGAAGAAACAGUGCGCAGACUCAAGAAAAGUCUACGCGAUUUGCGCGUGCGAAAGCAAACUCGACUGAGCCAACCGAAUGCUGAAGAUUUCGAUCCAGCGUGGGAUCCAGAUUACGCCUACGGAUAUUCUCCUCGAAGCAUUGCUCAUCUUGCCAGUUUUAUUUCCCGUUUUCUGAUCAACAAACCUUCGUAUGUAGAUCUGGAACGUAUCUUCGCUUGUCUUAAACGCUGUUUCGACUUCUACCACAACUGCGCAGCUUACUGGCAAGAUGUUCAUAUGCUCCUGGCCACUGCAGCGGCCUGUCAUUGGUUCACGGAAUCGCAGCGGGGAACGCUUAACACCUGGUUAAAAAGCAUAGCCCGAGAGCGUCUAUUGAGCUGAUAUUGGCAUUCGUGCAAAAAAAGAAGAAAAGAAGAAACAACAAACAGUCACAGUCUCGACAGUCAAGUAAUUUUUUUUUUUAAACACAUCUAGUUAGUUUUCAAUGAGAUCACUGAAUUCGAAUUGGACAUCUCUUCCUGAUCGAUACAGAAGGUGCUGCACCACGUUGCUUGGCAACGCCACUGACCACAAAACUAGUACAGGACCAAGGACUCAAUCACUCUUAGAAUAAUUUCUGCUUACGCAAUAUAAGACCGUUAAUUUGUAAGAGACUUUUGGCUCUGAUACAGUAGUUGUAGCGUCCAGAAACUCAAGGAACAAUCACAUUUUUUGCGUAAUAGGAGACUUCCCUGUUGAAUGAACGAUUAAGUCGAUUUAUGUAGUAUAAAUGCUAAUUAAGAAACUGGCCGUUUUUCUUCAUGUCUGCUGCUGUCUGAAGAAUGGCGGAGAGAGGAACAUCUUUUAUAAUUUAGCGUCAGAAAUUGAUUCAGUGGCGUUUUCAAAAUAAAUGGUUGCCAUAAAAUAUGCCAGUCGUGCGGGAAGUUUCAAGUUGGUAAUAAAUUGGCUCUAAACGUUUGAAAAAGUUUAAAAUUGCAGAAAAUUGCGGCUUUAUAUUACUCAUAACACAUUUCUAUUUAG